GGCGGCGGCGAGGAUGAGGAUGGCGGCCCUGAGGGGGCGCCGGUAGCGGCGGCGGCGGCGGCGGAGGAGCCAGGUCACCAUUCCACCCGCGGCUCAGUGGGCAGAAUCUAGUCCCUGUGAGCUCAACACGGCCACGUCAACAUGAACGAGGUGUCGGUCGUCAAGGAGGGCUGGUUGCACAAGAGAGGGGAAUACAUCAAAACGUGGAGGCCCAGGUACUUCCUCCUGAAAAGCGAUGGGUCUUUCAUUGGGUACAAGGAGAAGCCGGAGACAUCAGACCACAGCCUGCCCCCUUUGAAUGACUUCUCUGUGGCAGAAUGCCAGCUGAUGAAAGUGGAGCGGCCCCGCCCCAACACCUUCAUAAUCCGCUGCUUGCAGUGGACAACCGUCAUCGAAAGGACGUUCCACGUCGACUCCCCUGAUGAGCGGGAGGAGUGGAUCCGGGCCAUCCAGAUGGUCGCCAACAGCUUGAAGAACCAGGAGCCGGAAGAGGACAGGAUGGAGUACAAGUGCGGCUCUCCCAGCGACAGCACAGGCGCCGAGGAGAUGGAGGUGGCCGUGACCAAGACCCGGGCCAAGGCGACCAUGAAUGACUUUGACUACCUGAAGCUCCUUGGGAAGGGCACUUUUGGGAAGGUCAUCCUCGUGCGGGAAAAGGCCACGGGGCGCUACUACGCCAUGAAGAUCCUGCGCAAGGAAGUCAUCAUUGCCAAGGACGAGGUGGCCCACACCGUCACAGAGAGCAGAGUCCUGCAGAACACGAGGCAUCCUUUCCUCACGGCACUGAAGUACGCCUUCCAGACCAACGACCGCCUCUGCUUCGUCAUGGAGUAUGCCAACGGAGGGGAGCUGUUUUUCCACCUUUCAAGGGAGCGAGUCUUCACCGAGGACCGUGCCCGUUUCUACGGGGCUGAAAUUGUUUCCGCCUUGGAGUACCUGCACUCCCGGGACGUCGUCUAUCGUGACAUCAAGCUGGAGAACCUCAUGCUGGACAAGGACGGGCACAUCAAGAUCACGGACUUCGGGCUGUGCAAGGAGGGCAUCAGCGACGGCGCCACCAUGAAGACCUUCUGCGGGACGCCGGAGUACUUGGCCCCUGAGGUGCUGGAGGACAAUGACUACGGGCGUGCCGUGGACUGGUGGGGGCUGGGCGUGGUCAUGUACGAGAUGAUGUGCGGUCGCCUGCCGUUCUACAACCAGGACCACGAGCGCCUCUUUGAGCUCAUCCUCAUGGAGGAGAUCCGCUUCCCUCGCACGCUCAGCCCCGAGGCCAAGGCCCUGCUGGCCGGGCUGCUCAAGAAGGACCCCAAGCAGAGGUUGGGGGGCGGCCCCAACGACGCCCGGGAAGUGAUGGAGCACCGCUUCUUUGCCGCCAUCAACUGGCAGGACGUGGUUCAGAAAAUGCUCAUCCCGCCCUUCAAGCCCCAGGUGACGUCUGAGAUCGACACCCGGUACUUUGACGACGAGUUCACAGCACAGUCCAUCACCAUCACCCCUCCUGACCGAUACGACACCUUGGACUCGCUAGAGGCCGACCAGCGGACCCACUUCCCCCAGUUCUCCUACUCGGCCAGCAUCCGGGAAUAGGGGGGCAGCGGCACUCCCCCUACAGUGCCCCCGCCAGAGCGACGGUGGGGCUUGCAGGACGCCUGGACUCUCUGCAGGGGGAGGGUGCCCCCCCCACCGCCCGUCUCACUGGCCC